AUGGCGAUGCCUGUGAGAUCCGCUCGAACCACAGAGUUUGGCGAGAAGGCUCCCACGCCGGUGACAAUCGGGCCUGGGUCGUAUCUAGGUCCGUCGGAACCGACCAAAACACGGCCCUCUUUGGCGGCGUUCGCGUCCUCCCAGCACCGCAGCUGGCAGGGAAAAUCAUCCACACCCGUUGGGCCGGGGCCUGGUUCGUACGGUGGAUCGAUUCCGGCGGCAUUGACAGAGAACGAUAUCCGCCCGAGCUAUUGCUUCGAAUCCAGAGCCCCUCGACUGGCUCCCCAGUACCCAGGUUCGACCAUUUUCGGUCGUUCGACGGUGGUCCAAGUACCUGGGCCCGGGACUUACGAGACGGAUGGGGCGCCGGGGCAGCAUGGCCACCGAGAACUCAAGUGGAGUGGACCUCGGUCAAAGACCGUACCUGGCGUAGCGAAGCGAUUCAACCCGCCUUCGGUUCCUCGGAGAGAGCAGAGUUUUGGCUACAACGUGGACCCCCACGGCAAGCUUUUGGCGUUGCCAGCACCCUCUUCAACGCGCACAGGGCUCCUCAAGGACUCCGCUGGCCCUGGUGACUACGAUACUCAGGACAACAGUUGGUGGGCAGGGGUUGGCGCAGCGAAAUUCUCGAAAGGGGCGCGGAAGACUAUUUUCGACGGAGACUGUGCGGCGAAGGAUCGACGACCGGGCCCAGGUGACUACAACCCCAAACUGGAGCCGCGCUACCACCUGGAUAUGCCGGGCUCCGCUCCAUUCAUGUCGGGAGUUCCUAAGGGUGACAAUCGUCUCCAUGGUGGUCCUGGUCCAGGACAAUACGUUUACUCCACCCCAUUGGGUGUGAACAUUUCGGCGGGCAAUGUCCCGAACUUUAACAGCUGUGCAAAGCGUGGAGCCUGGCUCCGAAGUGAUCAGAAGCAGCGGUGA